AUGCAUCAUGUGAACUUUAAAUCGAAAAACAGGUAUAGCGAAGAUGACCAAUCGGAAAGUGCAGUAUCUAGAAAGAAUUCGAUUAACGUUAACUUUGAGAACUUCCCGCAAGUUAAGGCAUUAAGGAGUAUACUUGAUGAUGACAAUUCGAAGAAUGUAACAUCUCUCACCAACUCCCUAUUGAGCGAGUAUUUGAAAAACCUGAAAUUGAAGAUAAGUAAUUUCAAUAAUUCCAAUGUAGAAUUCGAAUUUGUUCUCGAAAACCAAAGAGGGAUGAAGUUUUUUGGUAUACCUGCAUUUUCACAUAAAUCUCUUUUCCCACUUCUUGAUCCGCCCAGCUUCCAGCUGAUAAAUGGGACCAAACUAUUGCAGGCGGUGGAAAAGGGGUACGAUAAUGAGUACAUCUAUAGCAGUCUUGCCCAGUUGUAUCCUUUGCCAGAUCUUGAUUGGGAAUGGACUUGGGAUUCUUGGUACGUGUUCAUGUUGCACGAUGUAGAUGAUCAGGGUUGGAUAUACCUGAGGAUCAACUUUGGUAGUAAGCAUUGGAAAGGGAAGUAUAACUUUGGCAAUUUCAUCAGGAGACGAAUUUGGGUUAGAUUAAGAAAUAGAAAAGGCUUUAAAAUAAGCGAGGAUGAGCAUGGACUGAAAGAUGGGCCGGCCAACUAUGAUAUGUUUGACAACGACGAGGUGGAGGAGUUUGAAGAAGGCGAUACCAUUUACGUUGGCUCGACGAAGGCCCCAAAGUAG